AUGCAAGGGGCCGUGCGCGCCGGCGCAGAGGGGCGCGCCCUGCCCCGGAGCACGGCGGAGAGCCGUGGCCGGGCGGGCAGUGCCGAGCGUGAUUACCUAGGCGGGACCAUGCCUCGGGACAACAUGGCCUCCCUGAUCCAGCGGGUAGCCAAACAGGCCCGCAUCACCUUCCGGGGCCCGGCGCCGGGCCCCGGCUUCGGCGAGAACCUGCACCGGCUGCAGCAGCUGCUGAAUGAGGUGCAGGCCGAGGACCUGCACCUCGCCCCGCGGGGCCCGGCGGCCGUGCCGGGGGCGGGCUGCUCGCGGGCCGGGGCCGGAGCCGGGGCGGUGCCGCCGGUGAGCUACAUGCACAUCUGCGAGACGGAGAGCUUCAGCAUGGGCGUGUUCCUGCUGCGGAGCGGGGCCUGCAUCCCGCUGCACGACCACCCGGGCAUGAACGGCAUGCUCAAGGUGCUCUACGGCAGCCUGCGCAUCGCCUGCCUGGACCCGCUGCCCCCCGCCGCGCCGCCCGGCGCCCGCCGCCGCGCCCUGCUCCGCUCGCGCCAGCUCUACACGCCCGCCUCGCCGCCCUGCCUGCUCUCGCCGCACACCGACAACCUGCACCAGAUCGACGCCGUGGACGGGCCCGCCGCCUUCCUCGACAUCCUGGCGCCCCCCUACGACCCCGAGAACGGCCGGGACUGCCACUACUACCGCCUGCUGGAGGCGCCCGCCGGCCCCGCCGCCGAUCCCCACGCCCUGCCCCGGGAGGUGUGGCUGCUGGAGACCCCGCAGGCGGCGGAUUUCUGGUGCGGCGGAGAGCCCUACCCCGGGCCCAAGGUCUCCCCUUGAAGCCGGCGCGGCCCCCCUCGGGGCGAGGCUGCGCCAGAGCCCUCUGGGGGCGGACCGUCCCCCCUCCCCCUUCUUCCCCUGCAGGGAUCGUGUGGGGCCCGCUGGAGUAGGGCCCCCCCCCCUCCUCCUCUAGCGGAAGGUCAAAGAGCCGCCAGCAGCGGGACUGGAGGAUCUGGCUUGUGCCGUGGCUCACUCGAGAUGUCGCAGCGGCUACAUUCGCUGUACAAAAGCCAUAGCUACGAUUCCCUUCCCAGCCGCCUUUGAAGUAAUGCUAGUCACUACAGCAGGCCCAGCUCCUAGUCUCGGGGUGCGGAAAGCCACUCCCCAGCCUCCCCCGGAUGCUUUGGGAGAGUAUUUGUGUGCAUGUCUUGGGCUGUCGUUUUCUUGGUUCAGAGCAUCAGUUCUGACAAUGAAGCAUCUAUCUGCUGGGGCCAUGGGCUGCACUCUUUUAGGGUACUGCUUCUCUACCAAUGGAUAAUUGCAGUAGAAACAACUUUUUAUACACAGACUCUGCCCCAGAGGAGCUGAUUGUCGCUAAACUAAGGGUGGAAAAAUCUUUUGUGUGUUUCUGCCAAUGAUGCACACAGGAGAGCAGUUUCUAGGGCAGAUUAGGUACCAUUUCCCUGUCCAAAUCAUCAGAAAGACAGCAGCCAAUUAACUCUCACACAAGGAACCCAAAUCAUAACCCUGAGUGAUUUGGUGUGCUUGAUCAGGGCAGUUAUACAGACUCUAUGGUGGCUGAGCAUCUACUUCUCCUGGCUAACAAGAAUAGCAAUAUCCAGCCAGAACUAUUGCUGUUAAUGACAUAGACUGUAUUUGCAGGAAAGCUACAAAACUAAGACCUCUCUGUGCUUACUGCCAAGCUUUUUGAGUUGAGGGCACUAAACAAUCAAGUGGGUUUUUUUUCUCCUUUUGACUGAUGUGAAGACAUGGAAGAGUAGUGCUGUUUAAACUUCCACACAACUGAAUGUUAAAAAUUCCUUAUGGAAAACAGCGUGUAGGAUGUAAGCAGCUCUACUGGAAAUACAAACUGCUUCAAAGAGAAUUUUUAUUUAACCUGUUUUAGUCUUUCUGCUCUCUCUUUUUGCUGUCAGUUUUACACCAUAUGUAAAAACUAGUCAGGAUGUUUAAUGGGAUGUGACUUUAAUGCAUCUUUAAUGGUAGUGGUCCCUUACAUUGCAGGAUGUUCUGGCAACAAUUACAGAAAAAUCUUUAAUAAAGUGGAGCUAAAAGGACCAGUAUUAAAACAAGUCCUACUACAAGGAGAAAACAAACUAAGAUGCAUUAAAGAAAAGCCUUUUUGUUUAACAGUUUUUGCUUGAACUUUCAUAUACUUAGUCAUUAGAAUUUACUAUCUUUAAACAAAAGGCUCAAGUCUGUAUUGCUGUUCUUUCUCACUGCAGCCUGGGUAUUGUGUUUUCAUAACAGGAAAAUUACUGCUGUUGAUGAACUAUAGAAUAAAUACAGGAUAUUUCACA